AUGCUCGGAGAGCUGAGGGACGUGAUCUGCAGGCAGCUGGCCGUCGACUUGGGCGGCCAGGGCGCCUCGCCGCGGGCGGACCUGUUCGCCAGGAGCACCAGGCUCGAGCCGGGCAGCAGGGUCGAGGAGACGCCUUCGAGGAGCUCCGGGCCGAGGACGGGCUCCUCUACGUCUCGCUGUCGCCCGGGGAGGCGGGCCCCGCGGCGCCGAGGCCGGGCGGCGAGCGGCCCGGCGCCGAGGAGAGCGGCGCCGGCGCCGCGGCGCCGAGGUCCGUGGUGGCCGACCUCCCGCCGGCCCUCCACGAGGGGUCCGAGGCGGCCAGCCAGCCCGCCCGCCCCGCACUGCCGCCACGCCCCCCGGGGGUCGCGGCGGCCACUGCUGCCGAGGCUGCGCUCGACCUGCUCGACGUCCUGCAGGAGGACCGAGCGGGAGGAGCCGCGGGAGACGACCUCCGGGCGGCCGCCCGCGGCGGCGACCGCCGAGCGGCCGCCCGCGGCGCGCGACCCCACGGACUACCCGGAGGAGCGGGAGGAGCCGCGGGAGACGACCUCCGGGCGGCCGCCCGCGGCGGCGACCGCCGAGCGGCGGCCCGCGGCGCGCGACCCCACGGACUACCCGGAGGCGGCGCCAGCUCCAGCGUGGGCCGCGGCUUGGCGGGGCACCGGAGGCCUUCUCCGGUGGACCUCGGAGUGGACGAGACACUGGUCCGACGAGUACGGCAGGUCGUACUGGCACAACGCCAGCACGGGCGAGUCGAGCUGGGAGGCGCCGCGCGUCGACGAGGACAGACGCCGACCAGCGGGCGCAGGCCGCGGCGCAGCGGGCGUGCGAGCGGGCGCGGGCGGCGACGGCCGGGGCCCGCGAGGAGGCGGAGAGGGGGCGCCAAGAGGCGGAGGCGAAGCGCGCGGAGGCGGUGCAGGAGAAGCCGAGCGGGCGCGCCUGGAGUGCGAGGAGCUGAGGGCGGCGCAGGCGCUGAGGGCCCUCGAGGUGCAGCGCGAGGCCGAGAGGCCGUCGGCGGACGGGCACGGGAGGCAGAGCUGGCAGCGGACCGCGUGGCGUUGA